AUGACAUUGUCCCACUUGGCAUCCAAUCAAAAGCCAUUGAUAUUGGAGGCAUUAGAUAUUCUAAUAUCCGUUAGAGGGAAGUUUCUUGGUAUUGAAGAUUUAUUUCAGAUAUUGGAUAAGAUAUCAUAUGCUAAAGAUAUCAUCAGUGAAGUGCCACGUGGAAGCCCAUGGUACGGACCCGAUCGUGUUAAGUAUUUGGGGCCAUUCUCCGGUGAGCCUCCGUCCUAUCUUACCGGAGAAUUCCCCGGUGACUACGGCUGGGAUACUGCCGGACUUUCCGCAGAUCCUGAGACCUUUGCUAAGAACCGUGAGCUUGAAGUCAUCCACUCUAGGUGGGCUAUGUUGGGAGCAUUGGGGUGCGUGUUCCCAGAGCUCCUUUCCCGGAACGGCGUGAAGUUUGGAGAAGCGGUGUGGUUCAAGGCCGGUUCACAGAUCUUCAGCGAAGGUGGGCUCGAUUACUUGGGGAACCCAAGCUUGAUCCACGCCCAGAGCAUUCUAGCCAUAUGGGCCUCCCAGGUGGUUCUCAUGGGGGCCGUCGAGGGAUACCGCAUUGCCGGCGGCCCACUUGGAGAGGUGACCGACCCGAUUUACCCAGGCGGGAGCUUUGACCCGUUGGGGCUUGCAGAUGACCCUGAAGCCUUUGCGGAGCUGAAGGUGAAGGAGCUGAAGAAUGGAAGAAUGGCGAUGUUCUCCAUGUUUGGAUUCUUCGUUCAGGCCAUCGUCACUGGAAAGGGCCCACUGGAGAAUCUUGCUGAUCAUCUUGCUGACCCAGUCAACAACAAUGCUUGGGCUUAUGCUACCAACUUUGUUCCUGGAAAAUGAGCCAACAUAAUGUUGUGAAAUGUUUGUUCUUAAAUCUUAGAGUGUGGGUUUUAGAAUGAAAGCAGUGAGUUUUGUUAUCUGAAUCUCUUAAUGCAGUAUAGAGUAAUCUUCGACGUUGAAA